AUGUUCAGAUUAUUUGAGUUAACCGUGCUAUUAUUAGCCCUCUUAGUUGUUACUUCUAGUGGUAUAAGUAUACCUUAUCCACGCGCUCCUGAUUACGAAGAAAAUAUCACCGCAACGUUAGAAGAUGGUUCCGUUUUCUGUUCGUUUCUUCCACCAGAUUAUGGUGGUGACAUUAGUGGUAGCGAAGGUGAUGCUGUCGCGUUUUGCAAUACACCUAGUCCAAAUGCGCCUGGUGCCAGAAUCUUUCCCGAUGGAUUCAUCAGAUCAUAUCACUUCAAUACUAGUGAUGGUUAUAUCCAGGUCACUGGCACUAUUAAUAGAGAUGCAUACGGUCUAAAGAUAAGCGACGAGGGCGGUCAGUACGAUAGUGUAGGCUCUCCUCCUCAUGCGGCCUGCGCUAAUUAUGAUAAAUUUGUAAACUUGGUCGAGCCUGAUGUCGAAUUAUUCUGUAUUCGUUGUUGUACUGACACUUCCCAAUGCGAUACUAGCCAUAGCCAAGAUGGAUGCAGAUCUGUUAUUCCGGGCGAUUACAGUUAA